GAUCUGAUAAGAUCAGCAGACGGCACCUCCUGCGUCGCACCACCACCUCAUCUCCCCCAACUGUUGCCCGGCAUGCCCUCGCAAAGUUCCCUUCAGUGUCUGCCGUCGCGUCGUCAACCCAGCGGCCGGGCGACGACUUGCGCGGCCCCACGGCGGGUAGGCGCGAACUGCCGCUCCACGUGAUGCAAUGACGUGCCUCUCCAAGCCCUGACAUGAAAUAGUCCAAAAAUCCCGAAUAUUCUGCUCACUACGCUCUACCACCACCUCACUUGCCGACAUGUCCAAUCCCAGCCCAACACCAUCCACCUCGCACGUCAGCGCACCCUCUGAGGCCACUGUCGUGGAGGAUCCUGCACCCUCCGUCCCGCUCAAGCGCCAGGGAGGCGCGAUAUCGCAAAGCAAGCCCCCCGUCUGGCCGAUCACAGACGCGGCGAGCAGCCAGGAAAUCCCCAUUGCCGCAAAAUGCGCGAAGCCUGUCCGCCCCGACGGUACCUGCUGCAAGGAGCUCAAAGACCCGGACGAGCGCACGCUCAUCGACCCCGACAUCGUGCGCGAUGUGGUCAUCGGCUUAUCUGACGGGCUAACCGUCCCCUUCGCCCUCACUGCCGGUCUCUCCUCCCUGGGCGAGUCCAAGCUCGUCGUCCUUGGCGGCGUCGCCGAGCUCAUCGCCGGCGCGAUCAGCAUGGGCAUCGGCGGCUUUCUCGGAUCGCAGUCCGAGCGCGACCAUUACCGCUACCUCAAGCGCCACACCGCCGCUCGCGUCGACCGCUCCUGCGAGGAGGAGAUGGAGCGCGAGGUCACUGAGAUCCUCGGCCCGGUCGGCGUCGACCCGCAAACAUGCAACCUCGUCGCGCGCAGCUUGCGGAAAGCGGAAGACAGCGCGGGUAGCUCAUCGGGCGGGCGGGACGAGGAGGAGGGCUCGUUGCGGUGGGCGAAGGAUGUUGGCCUCACCGCCUUCUUGUUGAAGUUCGGCGAGGGAUUGGAGGAAGUCCCCGACAAACGCAUGUACAUCUCCGCCUUCACCAUCGGCAUGGGCUACCUCCUUGGCGGCCUCAUCCCCUUGAUACCCUACUUCUUCAUCCCCCGCGCGCACACCGCCCUUAUCUACUCCUCCGUCUUCACCGGCGUCGUCCUCCUCAUCUUCGGCGCCGUCAAGGCGCGCAUCACCGGCGCAACAGAGAGCAAGCUGGACUACGUCUGGGGCGCGGUGACAACAUUGCUCGUCGGUGGUCUCGCGGCUGGGGCCGCGUUUGGCAUCGUUCGCGCCCUCGAGACGUGAUAAUGCAGGACGAACUAUGUUACACGCCAAUCAUAAUCUGUACUCGUAUCUACCAGGACAUACUAUAUUCAAACGAUCUGAGCCCUUCCUGUAGUAGUGCCUUUGAACAUGCGUUCGAUUUCGCACCGAGUCCAAAC